CAUUAAUCUUUGUAGAGUCCGCACUAAUUGGAAUUUUUAUUUCUUUUUUUCAGGAAUAUUGCGGUCUGCAACGACUAUAUAGUGUCUGAAGCAAUGGUUGAGCAAGACAUCAUGACGUGUCUAGUCACACUUUUAGAACAGUAUAAAGAACCCUGGACUUCCAUAAAAUCAUCAGAAAAUAGAAUUGACACUAAAUCAGAAAUCUUUUCAGAAGCUUGCAAUUUAUUAUGGACUUUAUGUGAAAAUAGUAGUACAGCUGUUACAGUAUUCAACGACAGGAAUCUAAUUUCAAUUUUAUUACCUUGCCUUACCAUUGAAAAUUUUAAUAUAAAAAUACCUAUUGCUGUUGCCCAGUGUUUACACACUGUAAGUGAAAACAAUGCUGCCGUAACGGAUAUUUUGCUUCAGCCUCUAAUACAAGAACAAUUGGAUGCUCUAAUGUCAUUGUCUUCAGCAGAGCCUGAACACCUCUUAUUACAAACCUUGGCUGCUGGUAUUAAAUUAAAUAUGUACAUAAGAAAGUUGGAUAAUUGCAUGAGUGAUGUGACCACCCCUAUCAUAAAAGCAGUAGCCACCGCAUUAAGCGAGCCAAUAAGCCCGAUGCUUGAAGAUUUAUCAAAAAAGAUAGCUUACCAAAAGGCAGGACGUCUUGACAAAUAUCAUGAAGAAACAGAUUUAGAAACUGAGAUGACUGCUGUAGUUAAGGCAGAAGAAGCUUUGAUUCAUCUUUUGUCUGCUAAGCAAACAGCUCUAGAAAUUCUAGGAAAUGUGUUUGAAGGCGGUUCUGAUGAUGAAAGUGAUUAUAUAUCUUGCAGCGAAACCAGUGAUGAAAUGGAUAUUGAAGUUGACAUGACCUCCUCCGAUUUUGAAAAUAGGAUUUCUGGUGACCUCAAUGAGGUGAUUGUAAGUUAUAAGUUGUGGGAAAAGGUUCACGAACAAAUCUUUCUACCUUCUGAUGAAGCUGAAAGAAACAUCGGAAAUCAUCCAUCUGCAAAAGACUGCCUAAAGAGGCUCCAUUCAGUGCGAUGUACGGCUUUGUUAUGUAUGAACAACAUGAUACCUAAAUUAGAAGUUGAUGAUGUUGGGGGACCAUCGAAACUUCUGGAAUUAUGGAUAAAUAUUGCAAAUCUUUUAUUUAAAAAAACAGAUAUGUCUGACACAGAUCAAGUAGAAGCUGCGACCCAUUGCUUGCAUGCUGCGUUAGAAAAAUUAGCCUCCUCUGGUUACACAUCACAGUUUAGUACAAUGACUGACUUGGACCUUGAACUUUUGAUAAAUGUAUAUACAAUGUCUCAAGAUCCAAGAAUCAGGGUUCAUAUUAUUGGAUCUUUGGGCACAAUUGGAAAAAUUUUAUGUGAAAUGAAAGCUCCAACAUCUGAAAAAUUAAUAAAGAUGAUUGGUUCUUUUCUUCUUGAAGCCUGCAAUAAAAACACUGACUUAUGGGUUCUAUCUGAAAUAUACGAUGCUAUCAUUGAUGUAUUUUCAGAUGACAAUGUAGAUUUUAUAGCAAAGGAAAUAGAUCUAGUCGAAAAUCUUACCAGGUUACGAGUACAUUUUGAAAAAAAGUUCAAACAGCAAAGAAAGUUUCUGGGUGAAAGAGCAGAUGUGAUAAGAACAGCAAAAGACAAUCUUAAAAAUUUUAUAAAGUAUAAAAAUGAAUAUAAUAAAAAGUAAUAUUUUAUCAUUU